CGCCUGUCGCGCCUGCGCUGGUGCUGGACGCCGCCUCUCCCACUCCGCAGGUAUCUCACGUCGAAGGACCGGUUCCACGCGUAUCUGAAAGCACGAGGGGCAUCCGGGAACGAGGAGGCCGCUCAGGAGGAUGAAGAAGAGGAGUCGGUCAGCAAUGACCAGACCGAGCCUCCAGCAAAGCGAGCAAAGUUAGAUGACCCUGUUAAGGAAGGAGAAAGCCAAGAGGAUGCUGAAGAAGCCGGAAGAGAGGAGAAGGAGCCUGUCGAACGGAAAAGAGCCCGAGGGCAGAAUAAGAGCAGGCCGUGUAUGAAACCAAAUCACUAUGAGAAGAGCAGGCUUUGCCCGUCGGUAACGCAGGGGUGCGCAGAGAAGUGCUACUUUGGCUCACGGUGCCGCUUCCUUCAUGACAUCGACGAAUACAUGGCUGUGAAACCAGCUGAUCUGGGGCAAAACUGCGUGCUCUUUGAAACCUUCGGCAAGUGCAUUUAUGGUGUGACCUGCCGCUUUGCCCGGGCCCACCUCGGGGAUGGCUACCAGAACGUUGUCAACGUGGACCUGGCCAAGCAAUGGGAAGGGAAGUCGCUGGUGAGGAACAACCUCUCCAAGGACCUCCAGCACCAGCUGCGCAAGAAGAAGUUUAGCUUUGAGAAGGCUGACGAGUACCUCCGAUGUCUGGCCAAGUCUCAUGGCAAUAGUGGGAAGGGAAACAAGGGCGCAGGGAACUCCACAGAGGGGCAAGAGGUGCCCAACUGCACAGCACCUGAGAAGGGCCCCGGGGAUGCCCCAGAACAUCCUGUGCUACUAGACGAGGGAGAAGAUCCCAAACCAGCCGCCUUGGAGAGUCCUGGCCCCGUGGAUGCCUCCGAGGAUUCCCCUGUCACAGCAACAGGCCCUGUGACGGAUGAAGACAUUAUAAAGCUGCGGCCAUGUGAGAAGAAAAAGUUGGAAAUCCAAGGCAAGCUCUAUUUGGCUCCGCUGACCACAUGCGGUAACCUCCCUUUCCGAAGGAUAUGCAAGCGCUUUGGGGCAGACGUCACCUGUGGAGAAAUGGCCGUGUGCACAAACCUGCUUCAGGGCCAGUCCUCCGAGUGGGCUCUCCUCAAACGGCAUCACACUGAAGAUAUUUUUGGGGUGCAGCUGGAGGGAGCAUUUCCAGACACGAUGACCAAAUGUGCAGAGCUUCUGAAUCAGACAAUUGAAGUGGACUUUGUAGACAUCAAUGUUGGCUGUCCAAUUGACCUGGUCUACAAGAAGGGAGGGGGCUGUGCUCUGAUGACCCGAUCUAACAAGUUUGAACAGAUCGUCAGAGGGAUGAACUCGGUGCUGGACGUCCCGCUGACUGUGAAGAUACGGACUGGGGUGCAAGAAAAGAUUAACGUGGCUCAUAAAAUAAUCCCCAGGAUCCGGGAGUGGGGAGCAUCCAUGGUCACGCUUCACGGCCGAUCUAGGGAACAACGGUACACAAAGGUUGCCGACUGGGACUACAUAGCAGAAUGUGCUAAAAUAGCAAACCCCAUGCCUCUUUUUGGAAAUGGUGAUAUUUUAUCUUAUGAAGAUGCUAAUCAAGCCAUGCAGAUGGGUGUUUCAGGAAUUAUGAUUGCAAGAGGGGCACUCAUCAAACCAUGGAUUUUCACUGAAAUUAAGGAACAGAGACACUGGGAUAUCUCCUCCAGUGAGAGAUUUGAUAUCCUCAAAGACUUCACCAACUAUGGCCUUGAACACUGGGGGUCUGAUACUCAGGGAGUCGAGAAAACCAGGAAGUUCCUGCUGGAAUGGCUCUCUUUUCUGUGCAGGUAUAUUCCAGUUGGCUUAUUAGAACACCUACCUCAGAAAAUCAAUGAGCGACCGCCUUACUACAUGGGGAGAGACUAUCUGGAGACACUAAUGGCAAGCCAAAAUGUGGACGACUGGAUUAAAAUAAGUGAGCUGCUUCUGGGACCCGUACCUGCCAACUUCACCUUCCUGCCCAAGCACAAGGCAAACUCCUACAGAUAGAACCGAUGGGACCUUUCUUACAGCAUCGAGUCGAGAGGAGGCUUUGGGAUGGCGUGUGCUGAGGAGUAGGUUGCUCAGCUGUGCCUGGGAAUUAAAUAAAUUUAUAUGUUUUUAGAAGUGUGGUUGCCUUCAGGCCCCCAAGUGUCAGUCCCAGCCACAAGUUAAGCAUCAGAUGGCCUGGCUGCAGGAUUGUGCAAGUGUGAGAGGUGCCUCGUUAACAGAGAGCAAUCUGUUUAAUUAACAGGAUGCAGGCCAGGAGAGAUCUUUGGCCUCCAGUGUACAACUGAAGUUAUCCUGACUAUCCACGCCACAUGUCAUUCACAUGGCAGGAGCGAGAGGCCUCUCUUCGUACCAGGACGUCCUCGGUAGUGCCAAAUCCUCCGAGUACGAGGAGGGAACAUGUAAUCCCUGGGGUCCUGUAGAGCACAAACAGCCCCAGCGUCCCAGAGUCUGAUGUUCUGCAGAGUCCAGUCCCGUUUUGGGAGUGCACAGGGCAGAUACCCUGUCGUCCUGGAUGUCACGCAGCUGGGUGACAUCCUCAGAGAGGCCUAGCUUUUUCCCUCACCGAGAGCCUGAAACAGCUCACAGCUCUGCUCGAACAAGGGCUGGAUGAAAGCAGGCUGCUGAGUGACUCUGCGUGACCUUUCCUACCUCCCUCAGGCCCCUUUUCCUCUCUAGGUCUCUAGCAUUUAAAUAAACGCAGCUACGCGGCACUAGGACUGAGUGCAGCUCGUCCGUGAUGGACAACCACGAACCAGACAGCUCAACGUCCGUGGUUCAGCUCAGCCACGUGGGUGCCGGACCCUUCCCGGGGCUGCAGAGCGGCGUCAGUGCCUCGGCUCGUCCCAGCUGCUCUCCCGCCCGCGUGCGGCCGUGGCUGGAGAGGAGGAAAGAGCACGGGACCCCAAAACCAUGGCUCCUAACUAGGAUCUUCGGUGGGGAUUGCCAUCUCUCCUCCUUUAAAAGUAGCUGCCUUUUGUUUUAGUGCAGCCAGUUUUGCUUCUGUGUUGAAGGCAGGAACUUUGAAACAACAAAAAAAUACCUUGAAAAAGCAAGCGGCCUCUUCUGUCGCAUCCGUUGUGGCCUCUCCGCCAAGGGAAAAGCAAGUUCCCUGGCAGCGCCCGUCGAAACGCUUGCAGCAGAGGACAGAGCGGAUCAAACAGCCCGGGCGAAGAGCGGAGCGGGGCAACGCUGACUCCAGCACAUCGCGUCCCCCCGGCAGCGCUGUCGCCAAGGUGGUACCCGCGGGACCCUCCCGGGCCGAGCGCCCUCCGGGAUGCCCCAGCCUUGCACAAGUUAAAAAAAGAAAGCAAAAGAAGAGGCGUGAAAAUGGCCUGUUUCUUCACAGCCC